AUGAUGCGCGAUCGCCUUGCCUCGCUGAUUGUGGUGAAGCAAGAGGGCGGUAGCAAUACGAAUAUUAGCCAUCAUCAUAUUGGCCACCACCAUCAGCCGGCCAUUAAGUGCGAGACAUCGCUGUAUGAGAGCGGCAGCAGCAGCCUGUUCCAAGAGAUCAACAACAAUUCCUGCUACAGACAGAAUUUAAACACACCGGCACAACACCAGCAACAUACACACCAGCAACACGCACAGCAGCAACAUAUACACCAGCAACACCUUUUGCCGCCGCCAUUGCCGCCUUUGAUUUAUCCCUGCCGCAAUCUCUUUCCCGACGGUUGCGAUAUCAAUCACCUGGCCUGCUGCAGUUCCUCCAACAGCACCUCCAACUCCACCAAUUCCACCACCUCCAAUUCACCCAACAACAGCCACUUUUUUGCCAAUGGAAACACGUGUGCAGCAGCAAUAACAGCAGCAGCCACAUCACCCACUGAGUCGAGGAAAAUAAAACCACUCGUUGCGGGGAAAUUGAAAAGCGAGAAAACUGAUAGCAACUGCGACAGCCAAGCAGCAGCAGCAGCAGCAACAGUAGCUGCCAGCACCUCGGCAACAUCUGCGACAGCAACGACAAUUGCUGUUACAGCAGCAGCAACAUCGGCAGGAACAGGAGGAGCUGCAACUGCAACAUCAACGGCAGCGGUGACAGCAGCAAUCCACACACAAACUAAAAUCAGCCAACUGAGGCUUAAUAACCAAGCGACAACAAGCAUGUUACUUUUGCAACCCAAUAGCUCCUUUAGUUCAUUGUCGCCCUUCGAUAAUUUCUCCACGCAAACCGCUACGACGACCACCACAACGUCGCCAUCGGCAGCUGGACACCACCAACACCACCACCUCCUCCAUCAGCAACAUCAUACCCAGCAGCAGCAGCAACAGCAACAGCAGCAGCAGCAACAUCUGCAACAGCAACACCAACACCAGCAACUUGUGAGCCCGCAGCAGCACCUGCUGAAGUCGGAAUCGCUGCUCUCCCAUGAGGAGGAUCAGUUGAUUAGCAACCUGACCGACGCGUCUGUGGUUUCCCACAGCGAACUCUUCUCGGAUCUCUUCUUCCCCUCGGACUCGAACAACUCCCUGCUCUCCCCGACCACCAGUGGAUAUCCGGACAAUCCCGCCGAGGACCUGACCAGCUCCAUUGAGAAUCUCACCAAGUUGACUUGCCUGCGGGACAAGCGAUUGUCCUCGAUUCCCGAGCAGCAGUUGAGUUCCGAGCAGGAGCAACAACUCUGCCUGCUGAGUCUGCGUUCCAGCAGCGAUCCGGCUAUUGCAUUGCACGCCCAGCAGCAACAGCAACAGCAGCAGCAACAGCAGCAGCAACAGCAGCAGCAACAGCAGCAGCAACAGCAGCAACAACAGCAGCAACAGCAGCAGCAACUCCAGCUGAUCUCGCCCAUCGGUGGGCCAUUGUCCUGCGGCAGCAGUUUGCCGAGCUUCCAGGAGACCUACUCCCUGAAGUACAACAGCAGCAGUGGAAGCAGCCCCCAGCAGGCCUCCUCCUCCUCCACCGCCGCCCCCACGCCCACUGACCAGGUGCUGACCCUCAAGAUGGACGAGGACUGCUUCCCGCCGCUUUCCGGCGGCUGGAGUGCCAGUCCGCCCGCCCCCUCGCAACUGCAACAGUUGCACACCCUGCAAUCCCAGGCGGCCCAAAUGUCGCAUCCCAACAGCGGCAACAACAACGGCGGCAACAGCGGCAAUAACAACAGUGGUGGCUACAACUACCAUGGGCACUUCAAUGCCAUCAAUGCCAGCGCCAAUCUCUCACCAAGCUCCUCGGCCAGUUCCCUCUAUGAAUACAAUGGCGUCUCGGCCGCGGACAACUUCUACGGACAGCAGCAACAGCAGCAGCAACAACAGCAGCAAAGCUACCAGCAACAUAACUACAACUCGCACAAUGGCGAGCGUUACUCGCUGCCCACGUUCCCCACGAUUUCCGAGUUGGCGGCGGCCACAGCGGCCGUGGAAGCGGCGGCGGCGGCCACCAUCUCAUCGCCUUCGGUGGGCGGUCCUCCACCCGUUCGCCGGGCAUCGCUGCCGGUCCAGCGAACCGUCUCCCCCGCCGGCUCAUCGGUUCAGAGUCCCAAGCUGGCCAAGAUCACGUUGGGCCAGAGGCACACCCAUGCCCAUCCACUCCAGCUUAGCUCGGCUCCCAACUCGGCGGCCAGUUCGCCGGCGAGUGCGGAUCUCCAGGCGGGUCGCCUGCUCCAGGCUCCGUCGCAAUUGUGCGCCGUUUGUGGCGACACCGCCGCCUGUCAGCAUUAUGGAGUGCGAACCUGCGAGGGCUGCAAGGGAUUCUUUAAGCGGACCGUCCAGAAGGGCUCCAAGUACGUCUGCCUGGCGGACAAGAACUGUCCGGUGGACAAGAGGCGUCGUAAUCGCUGUCAGUUCUGUCGAUUCCAAAAGUGUCUGGUCGUGGGCAUGGUCAAGGAAGUGGUGCGCACGGAUUCGCUAAAGGGACGACGGGGUCGAUUACCCUCAAAACCGAAAUCUCCCCAGGAAUCGCCGCCAUCGCCGCCCAUUUCGUUGAUCACGGCCCUGGUGCGCAGUCAUGUGGACACCACACCGGAUCCCUCGUGUCUGGAUUACACCCACUACGAGGAGCUGUCGAUGAGCGAGGCAGACAAGGUGCAACAGUUCUACCAUCUGCUGACCAGUUCCGUGGACGUGAUCAAGCAGUUUGCCGAGAAGAUUCCCGGCUUCUUUGAUCUCCUGCCGGAGGAUCAGGAGCUGCUCUUCCAGAGCGCCUCGCUGGAACUGUUUGUCCUGAGGCUGGCCUACCGGGCCAGGAGCGAUGAUACCAAGCUGAUCUUCUGCAACGGCACCGUUCUGCAUCGCACCCAGUGCCUGCGAUCCUUCGGCGAGUGGCUCAACGACAUCAUGGAGUUCAGCCACAGCCUGCACAAUUUGGAGAUCGACAUCUCCGCCUUCGCCUGCCUCUGCGCCCUCACUCUGAUCACAGAGCGCCAUGGCCUGCGGGAGCCGAAGAAAGUGGAGCAGCUGCAGAUGAAGAUCAUUGGCAGUCUGCGGGACCAUGUCACCUACAACGCCGAGGCCCAGAAGAAGCAGCACUACUUCAGCCGGCUGCUGGCCAAAUUGCCCGAGCUGCGAUCCCUCAGCGUCCAGGGAUUGCAGCGGAUCUUCUAUCUGAAGCUGGAGGAUCUGGUGCCGGCGCCAGCCCUCAUCGAGAACAUGUUCGUCACCACAUUGCCCUUCUAGAGGCGAUCAAGCGUAUCAUUACAACAUUGCUUCCUUAAACUAGCCCUAAGCCAUGCCCCCUUAAGAUAUAGGAAAUGACCCAACUAGCUUUAGUAGAACCCUGAAAUAAAUAAAUCUCACAAAAAGAAAACCGAAAUAAAAUGCAGACCCAGGCCAUAUCUAUAGAGUAGUGGUAGAUAGUUUGCUGGACAGCCCGGCCCCUUCGAUAAUUACGGACAUGAAUAUUUGAGAAAGGGGUUUUUCAGUGUAAAAAACCAGCUCCUGCGUGACUCGUCAGCGCUGGAAAUUACAACUUGUUGACGUUAAUUGUUAAAUUGUUUAAUUUCAACUGUCAAAAUCAAUGGACGGACACGCAAUGGAAACACUUUCUAUCCCCGGACUCAAAGCUUGCUCAAUAUUCAGCACUAACGGACGGACGGACAGAACGCUCUCUUGCCUUUUUGCUAUCUUCUAGUCAAUUGUUUUAGGCAAGAAAAAAAAUAAAUAAAAGCGUGCAGCAUAGUGUUAUAUAAUUUAUACCUUAGACUAGUAGUUCUCUUCAAGAAUAACCCAAAAUAAGUUCCACAAAUUGGAAUACAACAUUUGAAAAUUAAAUACCCAACUAUUUCCUUAAAAUUUCUUUUAAAAAUUGUCAAUCUAUUGCCAAUUUGUGGAAAUCUACUAUCAUAUCAUAUAGCAAAGCCAUGCUUGCCCUUAGCUAAUAUAUAUUAAAGACCCGCAUAAAUUUUGAUAACCCAACCAAGUAUUUCCGUUAAAACCUAGACUAAGGCUCCUAAUAGUUUUAGGCUAAGACUUUUCUGUUCGAUUUAUCAAUGCACCAAAUAGUGCACAAUGAGAGUUUAAGUACCUUUUUGUGAUGAUUGUGUCUGACACAGAGAGAGUUGCACACAAACACACAAGCUAGACCAUAAGCUUAAAUAUAUAUAUAUAUAUGAAAUAAUCUGUA